CGGUUCACAGUGACAGAAGCAAAAGCCACCCGCUCGAGGAGUCCUAUAGAGGUUUCAGGGUCUGAAAUGCUCAGAACGACUUUUGCACUGGUACCGUAUUCACACUAUAGGGCCGACCCGACCCACAUCUUUAUUUCAAGCGCGGUUCAAGCAACUAUGGUGGAUGUGUUCCUAGGCCAGGCCAGUACAGCUCAGCUUGACUCAGCACUGUUUGGCUAUGUAGUGUGAAAAGGGUCAAAGGGAUAAUGUUUAUUCAGUACCCAUCAUGGAGUGUAAUCACACCUCGAGUUUUACCUGACCCCGUGACCUGUCCAGGAGAAAUCUAUGAGCUCUAGUUUUAACCCUAUCCAGGUUACUGUACUGUAUUGUUUCACCUUUUUGAGGAGGUCAAUAUUUGGAGGGUGCAUCAUCCGUCUCGGAGUAGCAGUCUGUAGGAGGGGGAAACGUGGGAAAAGAAACUGAGUGGAUAUUAGGCUGCUCCAUCACCUCACGACUGCAAUCUGCAACUGCAACCUGCCACUGAAACCUGCCACUCGCAUUCUUCAAUCGACAGCUCCUAAAUACUUCCUAAAAGAUUGUUUCAGUCUUUCUUUAUUGGCGCGACUGGGUACUUCUCCCCAACGGGUAAGGGUAAGACAUUCACUUUAUAUUGCGUUUGAGUAUUAUUGAAGUAAUGUUACAGGUUAAAUAGUAACUAAUUCAGAGCAAUCAGCUCUUAUCUUCUUGACGCAGGUGUCACACCCUGGCCUUAGUUAUCUUUGUGUUCAUUAUUAUUUUAGUUAGGUCAGGGUGUGACAUGGUGAAGCAUGUGUUUUUUGUAUUGUCUAGGGGGUUGUAUGGUUUAGAGCACAGAUGUCAAACUCAUUCCACGGGGGGCAGAGUGUCUGCGGGUUUUCGCUCCUCCCUUGUACUUGAUUGAUGAAUUAACAUCACUAAUUAGUUAGGAACUCCCCACACCUGGUUGUCUAGGGUUUAUUGAAAGGAAAAACCAAAAACCUGCAGACACUAGGCCCUCCGUGGAAUGAGUUUGACACCCCUGGUUUAGAGGGUUAUGGUGUAUAGAUGGUUUAAUGUUGUGUGUAGUUGUCUAGGAAAGUCUAUGGUUGCCUGAAUGGGUUCCCAAUUAGAGACAGCUGGUUUCUGUUGUCUCUAAAUGGGAGCCAUAUUUAAGGCAGCCAUAGGCUUUAGCUGUUUGUGGGUAAUUGUCUGUGUCUAGGUGUAGUGGUUGUGUCAGCACAUUCUAGAUUUAUAGCUUUACGGUCGUCUGUUUGUUGUUUUGUUUCAUUUUUCCUUCUUUUAAUAAAGAGAAGAUGUAUUUUCAACACGCUGCGCCUUGGUCCUCUCUCUCUCCUAAAGACGAUCGUGACAGAAUUACCCACCAAUCUAGGACCAAGCGGCGUGUCAAGCGGCAACAGGACCCACCUACACAGGAUUCAUGGACAUGGGAGGAGAUACUGGAUGGUAAGGGACCUUGGGCACAACCGGGAGAAUAUCGCCUCCCUCGUGAAGAGCUGGAGGCAGCGAAAGCGGAGAGGAGGCGAUAUGAGAAGGCAGCACGGAAGCAAGGCUGGAAACCCGUGAGUAAUACCCAAAAGUUUCUUGGGGAGGGGCUCAUGGGGAGUGUGGCGAGUCCAGAUAGGAGAUCUGCGUCAACUUCCCGUGCUACCCGUGAGGACUCUAAGAAGGAACCUGAGCCAGUCGGGCUGAUAUUGGAGGUGAGCAAUGGGAAUGAUACAGAGACUGUUAAGGAUUUAUUGGGGAGGUUGGAGGAGAGUGAAAUGAGGGAGCUGCUGUGUUGGUGCGUGAGGCACAAGAUCCACCUGACAGAGCGUGUGCGGGAUGUGAUGUUACCUGAGUCAGCUCUCUAUGCUCGUCCUGAUGUGCGUGCUAACCGUCUGGGAAUGACAGUCCCACGAACCAGGCCUCCUGUACGCCUCCCUAGUCCUGCACCUCCUGUAGCAGCCCCACGUACUAACUCUCCUGUGACAGUUCCCAGCCCGGUACCACCAGUUACGGCACCACGCACCAGGCUUCCUGUGCGUCUUCAGAGCCCUGUGCCUCCUCCACGCACUAGUUUUAUGGUGUGUGUCUCCAGCCUAUUACCACCAGUGCCUAAACCAUGCACCAAGCCUCCUGUGUGUCCCCAGAGUCCUGUGCGUCCUGUUGCUGCUCCCCGCACUAGCCCUGAGAUGCGUGUCCCCAGUCCGGUACCACCAGUUCCGGCACCGCGCACUAGGCCUACAGUGCGCCUCAGCCGGCCAGAGUCUGCCGUCUGCACAGCGAUACCUGAACUGCCCGUCUGCCAAGCGCCAUCUGAGCCAUCCGUCUACCCAGCGCCAUCUGAGCCAUCCGUCUACCCAGGGCCAUCUGAGCCAUCCGUCUACCCAGGGCCAUCUGAGCCAUCCGUCUACCCAGCGCCAUCUGAGCCAUCCCUCUACCCAGCGCCAUCUGAGCCAUCCCUCUACCCAGCGCCAUCUGAGCCAUCCGUCUACCCAGCGCCAUCUGAGCCAUCCGUCUACCCAGCGCCAUCUGAGCCAUCCGUCUACCCAGCGCCAUCUGAGCCAUCCCUCUACCCAGCGCCAUCUGAGCCAUCCGUCUACCCAGCGCCAUCUGAGCCAUCCGUCUUCCCAGCGCCAUCUGAGCCAUCCGUCUACCCAGCGCCAUCUGAGCCAUCCGUCUACCCAGCGCCAUCUGAGCCAUCCGUCUACCCAGCGCCAUCUGAGCCAUCCGUCUACCCAGCGCCAUCUGAGCCAUCCGUCUACCCAGCGCCAUCUGAGCCAUCCGUCUACCCAGCGCCAUCUGAGCCAUCCGUCUACCCAGCGCCAUCUGAGCCAUCCGUCUACCCAGCGCCAUCUGAGCCAUCCGUCUACCCAGCGCCAUUAGAGCCGCCCGUCUGUCCCAAGCCCUUAGAGCCGCCCGUCUGUCCCGAGCCGUCAGAGCCGCCCGUCUGUCCCGAGCCGUCAGAGCCGUUCGUCAGUCAGGAGCCGCUAGAGCCAUUCGUCAGACAGGAUCUGCCAGAGCCAGCCAGCCAGGAUCCGCCAGCCAGCCAGGAUCCACCAGAGCCAGCCAGCCAGGAUCCGCCAUCCAGCCAGGAUCCGUCCCUCAGUCCGGAGCUGCCCCUUAUCCUGGUGCUGCCCCUUAUCCUGGUGCUGCCCCUUAGUCCGGUGCUGCCCCUUAGUCCGGUGCUGCCCCUUAGUCCGGUGCUGCCCCUUAGUCCGGUGCUGCCCCUUAGUCCGGUGCUGCUCCUUAGUCCGGUGCUGCCCCUUAGUCCAGUGGGGUUAAUGUGGAGGGUGGUCAUUUGGAGGAGGCUACGAAAGCGGGUAGUGACUAUGGUGGGGUGGGGACCACGACCAGUGCCAGAGCCGCCACCAUGGACAGACGCCCACCCAGACCCUCCCCUAGACUUUAUGCUGCUGCACCCGGAGUUCGCACCUUAAGGGGGGGUUAUGUCACACCCUGGCCUUAGUUAUCUUUGUGUUCAUUAUUAUUUUAGUUAGGUCAGGGUGUGACAUGGUGAAGUAUGUGUUUUUUGUAUUGUCUAGGGGGUUGUAUGGUUUAGAGGGUUAAGGUGUAUAGAUGGUUUAAUGUUGUGUGUAGUUGUCUAGGAAAGUCUAUGGUUGCCUGAAUGGGUUCCCAAUUAGAGACAGCUGGUUUCUGUUGUCUCUGAUUGGGAGCCAUAUUUAAGGCAGCCAUAGGCUUUAGCUGUUUGUGGGUAAUUGUCUAUGUCUAGGUGUAGUGGUUGUGUCAGCACAUUCUAGAUUUAUAGCUUCACGGUCGUCUGUUUGUUGUUUUGUUUCGUUUUUCCUUUUAAUAAAGAGAAGAUGUAUUUUCAACACGCUGCGCCUUGGUCCUCUCUCUCUCCUAAAGACGAUCGUGACAGCAGGUUUUCGCCUGCAAAAUCAGUUUUGUUAUACUCAGACAAUAUUUUGACAGUUUUGGAAACUUUAGAGUGUUUUUUUAUCCUACCCUGUCAAUUAUAUGCAUAUUCUAGCAUCUGGACCUGAGAAAUAGGCAGCUUACAAUGGGAACGUUAUUUUUCCAAACAUAAAAAUUCUGCCCCCUAGCUUCAAGAGAUUAUACAAACUAAUUUAAAUGUGUAACCACAAUUAGGUUGUUUCUCACAACUCUUUUUGCAUCUUGUCCAGGAAAGAACGUGGCUUUACGGGGGAAAAGCCACCCAGUAAUCAAUAUUGGCCUUUAUUAUGUUCUAAACGCCAUUGAUGGGAACCGUGACAUAUGGCUCCUGCACACUGAGACUGAACCUAACCCAUGGUAGUAAUUGGACUUGCUUAAUACCUACAGUGUUCUUCAUUACCAU